AUGUUUAGUUUCUCGGAGAAGCAUGGAUUUGAGAAGCCGAAUGAUGACAAAGCCUUGAACUUGAUGAAUGCUUGUGCUAUUAAGGUAUUAGAGAACUUCUCUGAUGUUAUAUUUGCGUAUGGAUUUACUGAUGAGUACAGUUUCGUUUUGAAGAAGGAAACCACAUUUUACCAGAGGCGAGCAAGCAAAAUACUAUCCAUUAUUGUGUCUUUCUUCUCAUCUACAUAUGUAACCAAAUGGAAAGAGUUCUUUUCUCAAAAAGAGUUAAGUGUGCCUCCAUCAUUCCAUUCACGAGUUAUCAGCUGUGCAUCAAUGGAGGUUCUUCAGGCAUAUCUUCUAUGGAGACAAACAGAAUGUCAUAUAAGCAAUCAAUACAAUACUUGUUUGUGGAAGCUGGUGUUUUCUGGAAAGUCAGAAAAGGAGGCGAAAGAGAUUCUUAAGGGAACACAAAAGCAGGAGCAAACUGAAAUACUCUUUCAGCAGUUUGGUAUCAACUACAAGGACCUUCCGCAGAUUUUUCGUCAAGGGUCUUGUGCCAUCAAGAUAAAGUUUUCACAUGUUGAUGGAAGCAAGGCCAAGACCGGCGAAGAUGUUGACGUAGUAGCCAAUUAUGUAUCGGCGUGUAGAUUGGAUUAA